CCUUUCAUUCCGGGAAACAGUAUCAGGAUUUACUCUUAUGACAUCUUACUUACAUCGACCUAUCUCAGGAGAGUGAACUGAACUACAAAGCAAAGUGUGGUAAACCAACUGAACAGAAGAUUUCUUUCUGAUCCAGAAAGAAGAAUGUCUCACACUGUCCUACCCGUGAACUCUUCGACGAUUGUCAUCCAGUUUCAACCACCAAUACCAGCAGCUGGAACUGGGACAAAUGCUCCUGUGCCUGUUUAUGGACAACAGCUAGCAGGAGUUUCACCUCUUCGUGGACUUCAGACAUUUCUGAAAGGCCAACCAAAAGCACUUGGGACUGUCCAGAUAAUGAUUGGUCUGUGGACUUUCCUGUUGGGAAUCUUGUCUGCAGUUCAUGCAGAUUCCAUCUUUGUCUAUAGUGGUAUACCUUUCUGGGGAUCUCUCAUCUACAUCACCGCAGGCUCACUCUGCAUUUCUGCAGAAAAUAAAGUGAAUUCAACCUCCAGUUUGUGUUUGGUGAAAGGUUCACUUGGAAUGAACAUUUUCAGUGCUAUAACUGCAGGCACUUCCUUAAUCAUAAAUUCAUUGGAUUUGGUUCUAGCGCCAUUGGACAAGUACAAUUACUGCAAUGAUUAUGAUUGUUAUGAGUAUGAGAGAAAGUAUACGGCUCUCUUCUGGGGAAUCAGCAGUGUAUCAUUGAUAUUCGCCUUCCUUCAGUUUAUCAUCUCCAUCUGUCUGUCAGCAUUUGCCUGUAAAGCCUCGUGCUGUUCUCCACAGGUGCCGUUAGUUCCACAAGUUUUGACUCAACAUCCCUGUUGUUUUGGGCACAAUCAUUUCCAAGAUCUUAACAACUCAGAGAUAUCUGUGGUCAGCAACCCUGCCAUGCAUCACCUUCCUGCAGAAAUUCCUCCACAAUACAGUGAAUUUAAAUAAAUAUGAUAUUUUGAUUACCAAAAUCCAGGACACUCUGCCCAGCAAACAGAUACUCAAAUGAUACUCGAAGUUUA